AUGGACUCCAUCUCUAUGAUGGGUGGCAGCAGGAGCCCUGUGUUCCUCACAGCCUCUUCCUCCCACCAGCUACACCAUGCCCAGGCCUGCUUCCUACCCAAUGGCAUGAAGAACGGAGUUGGAGAUGCAGGGGCCGCCUGCCUGCCUGCCCAACCCACAGUGGCAAUCCUGGGCUCAGGUGACUUCUCCAAGUGCCUGACUAUCCGCCUGCUGCGGUGUGGCUUCCAUGUAGUGGUGGGAAGCCGCCAUCCUAAACAGGCAGCCCAGUCAUUUCCCCAUGUGGUGGAUGUGACACACCAUGAAGACGCUGUGAGGAAGGCCAGCAUCGUGUUCCUGGCAAUUCGUCGUGAGCACUACUCUGUCCUGUGGGACCUCAAGCAUCUACUGGAAGGCAAGAUCCUGGUGGAUGUGAGUAACAACCGGAGGGUGAACCAGUAUCCAGAGUCUAACGCUGAGUAUCUGUCUUCACUGCUGCCUGACUCCAUCGUGGUGAAAAGCUUCAACGUCAUCUCAGCCUGGGCCAUGCAGCAGAGCUGCCCCAAAGAUGCCAGCACACAGGUGUUCAUCUGCAGUGACUCGGUGGAGGCCAGACAGCAGAUUAUGGAACUAGCCCGCCAGCUCAACUUCCAGCCUGUGGAUAUGGGCACCCUGUCUUCUUCGCGAGACAUUGAGAACAUGCCCAUUCAGUUAUUUCCUGGUUGGAAGGGCCCCGUCCUCGCUGCCGUAGCCCUCUCUAUUUUCUUUUUUGCCUACUCUUUUGUACGUGAUAUCAUCCACCCGUAUGUGAAAUACAAGCAGAGUGACUUCUACAAGAUCCCCAUUGAGAUGGUGAACCGAACACUACCUACUGUUGCCAUCACUCUCUUGGCACUGGUGUACCUGGCGGGCCAGCUGGCAGCUGCCCACCAGCUGUACUAUGGCACCAAGUACAGGCAUUUCCCACAUUGGCUGGAGGGCUGGCUGCAGAGCCGGAAACAGCUAGGCCUCCUCAGCUUCUUCCUGGCCGCUGUCCAUGUUCUCUACAGCCUCUGUCUGCCCAUGAGGAGGUCUGAGAGGUACCUGCUGCUCAACACAGCCUACCAGCAGAUCCAUGCUAAUGUGGAUAAUGCGUGGAACGAAGAGGAGGUGUGGCGGGUGGAGAUGUACGUUUCCUUUGGGAUCAUGAGUCUCGGGCUCCUGUCACUGCUGGCCAUCACCUCCAUUCCCUCGGUCCAUAGCACGCUCAAUUGGAGGGAGUUCAGCUUCAUACAGUCCACUCUGGGCUACAUCGCCCUGCUCAUCGCUACCUUCCACGGCCUGCUGUUUGGCUGGAAGCGAGCCUUUGAGGAGGAGGCCUACCGUUUCUACCUGCCCCCCAGCUUUGUGGUUGCCCUGGCCCUGCCGGUAUGUGUCAUAAUGGGGAAGGUGCUGAUGCUGCUCCCCUGUGUGGCCCACAAGCUCCACCGGAUCCGCCGGGGCCAGGACAGCAGUCAGUAUCGGUGCCAGCGCCUGGAGCCAGUGGGCUCGGCUGCCCACGUUUCACCUGAGAGGGUCACCAUCAUGUGAUCAAUGGAGCUGCUCCUUUAUUGGGAUUUUCACAUAUACUGCCAUAGUUGUAUGACUAUUAUGUUACAGUUUGCCUAUUGUAAAACUGAAUAUGCUUCCCUUGACAGUAUAUAUUCCAAGUACAUUGCCUCACCAAUAUUUUGUUCCUGUUGUUCUAGAGACAUUACACUGAGAUAAGUGUUGGUCAUUACUUUAAAGUGAACUCUACCAAUUCUACAUGUGACAAUGUCAUUUUACAAUUUCAACUUGGCAUGUGAUAACAGUUGCAUUUUGUCUUCUGUGACUCUGAAACCCUCACUUUGUCAAGUCUAUGAAAAUAACUCUGAUGAUGUUGGACUUGCAUUGCAUUGUGAGAUAUAUAGUAUAGUAUAGGAAACAGUGUUUUUGACCCAUACCCAGGGACUGAUAGUCAGGACAUCUCAACAGUAUAGUAUUUCUGGAGAAUAUUACUAGUUACUAUUAUCUCCUUCAGUGCUUGAAAUUCUUAUUUUUGGUGAUAAUACUACUCUUCAAACUCUGAAGAAAUGUUUUGAGGUUUUGUUGAUUCCGCAGUAUCACUGUGUUAUGUAGUCAGUCAUGUCUGUAUAAUUGUACCACUGAAUAUCGUGUCCAUUUGUCAUGCUGAAAUCAAUGAGACCCAUGGCUUUUAUUAAGAAUUUAACUGAAGCUACUUUAACAGUGUUAUCUGUGAUAGACAUUUAAUGAAUGCAGAAUGCAGGCAGCAUAGCUGACAGCACAUCCACACAACCCACAGCAGUUAAUAAAGCUAUAAAAACUGGAUUACAGAAAUCAGAAAUACUUUCUUCCCCGGGGGAAAUACUUUGUCACAGUUGCACACUUAUCAAGGCAUCAGGAAUAGAAAUAUAAUAAUAGAAAGUAGGUAGAUCUCAUAUAAAUAUGAGA